AUGGCAGUGACUGAAUUAUCCCGAGAGGGCUGCGCCUGUGCUGUCAGUAAGGAAGUCAACUGGAAGAGAGCGACCAUCCUCAGCUUUGCAGAUGAGGAACCCAAAGCGCAGAGCGAUAGCUACCUUGCCCCAGGCCACACACAGUUGGCAAGCGACCUUGGGCACCAGCAGGCUCCUCCUCCCCAACGCGCAGGCCCUUAUCAGGAAGCAGUUUGGGUUGGUGAGGAGGGGGAAGUCCGUGGCCCCAGGCUCAGCAAGGUGGGUAGAAGAGAUAGGGAAGUGGGGAGGGGGCCGUGGGGCCCGGCUGGGAGGGCCCGAGGAUGGAAGAGAUGCCCAGAGCCAGUUCUGUCCUUGCCGGCCUGGCCUCUUGACAUGGUUCCAGAGCUGUUCUGACUUCCCUCCUUGCCAGGCAAGCCGCCCGCACCUUUAAUUAGCGAGCAGCAACCUCGCCCCGAUUCAGCACAGUCGCUGUUUAAUUAGCCGCGCACAAGGCGCCCCUACCCCCAGCUCUGGGUGGAGCAGGCUGCCUCUCUCACGGAGGCUGCCACCACCUCAUGGUGUCCCCUGUCACACGGCCCCCACCACUUAUUCUGCUCCCCAGAAGGGGGGAUGGGGCGGGCACGCCUGGCUGAAACCUCAAGGAGAUUCUGGGCACUGCCGCUUGUAUUCAAAGGAUCCAGCAAACAUUAUUAGGGCUUGGAGUCUGCGCCAGGCUGGCGCUGGGCGGAACCCAGGCUGCAUGGGGGCGGCCGGCCUCGGUCCUGCCCACCGGCUCCAGAACGGCUUUUCCCUUUGGGAGGUGCCCGACACCUCUCCAGCUGGUCCCAGGGUGUUGGGAAAAGCCUAAUAAUCCUCCCUGUUGCUCCGUUCCCCCCGCCCUCAUCCAGACAGGGAUGACCAUUUCUUCCUUUCCCUCCCUGUCCCAGAGCCCAGCUAGCCCCCCACCCCACCCCAGAAGGCAGCCUCCUCCAGGAUGGAGAGGACCCCUCCUCCACCCCGCCUCCCCAGGGGUCAGAUCCUGGAGGCCCAGGCUAAGGCUAUGGGCAAAGGGAGGUGGUGGGGCAUCUCAGCGCCCCUCUGGGAAGUCGGGGAGCACAGCAGAGAGCCCACA